AUGAAGCUCGCUUGGGGGCUGCUCUCCAUAGAAGUCGCCAGGUUGGAGCAGCACUACCAUGGCACAGGUCCCGGGGCUGCCGGGAUUGCCCGGAACCCCGGGGUCGCUUUACGCGAAGUCGGGAUGGGAGGGUAUGGGGCCGAGAUCACUGUCGGCGACUCUGGCGAGGAGUUCUUUCACGUUCUGGGCGACGAGGACAGCAGCCAGGUGUACUAUCCGGCACUGCCUCGCUGCACCCGGAAGGCCGGCGGGUCGGGAACGCAGCACUCUGCGCGAUCCAUCCUCCGCUCGCGGAUCGAUGACGCGGCAGCCCGGGCGCCGAUCAGAUGCGGCCCGCUCUCAGUGACCCUUCGUUUCGAGGACAAGUCCGCCGUCUUCGGCUGGGCUGCGGGCGCGCCGGCACGAGACUUCGGCGAGCAGCUCAGAGCCGCAGUUCGUCACUUGACAGGUGCAGCGACCUUGAACGACAUGCAGAUUUUGACUGACACGGAACCUCCCGUGGGGGUCACGCCCAGAGAUGUCUUUGAGAGAAGGUAUCCGGAGGCGCCCGCAUUUCGCAUUGUAGGGCCAAAGACGGCGAAGCCUGCAAAGGCGCUGCUUGCGAAGCCGGGCCCGCCAGCCCCCAGUCGCCUGCAAGCCCCGCAGCGGGCCACGGGGAAAUUCCAAAAGGCGGGCGGGAGCCAGCUGCAGUUCCUGCACAUGCUGGAGGGCAACAAGAACCCCAAGGCACAGGUGGAGCCUGCCAGUCUGACUCCUGAGGAGGUGGCGAGGCAUCGCACUGCCGGCGAUUGCUGGACAAUUUUCCAAAACAAAGUCUACGAUAUCACGGCCUAUGUGGACUUCCACCCGGGGGGCAAGCGCCAAAUCAUGCAGGGCGCGGGGAAGGAUAUGACGGAGCUAUUUCAGAAGGCGCACCCUUGGGUCAGCGCCGGCCUUGGAGCGAAGUGA